UACCCUUGCCCAAAAAGAGUCCCCUGUCUGUCUUGUGUUUCAUAUAUAAAAAAGAUAAGAAUUGGAUACUCUAUUAAGACAAUUUGUUGUCAUGCUUGUGAAAGCAUUAUUUAUUAUUUUAUUUUGAUAAAUGUUGAUAUUUUUAUGUAAUGGAGGCUGGUGGAGCACGUCAACACACUUCUACUCAAACUCCCCACCCACUGUAAAAGCCAACCAAGACACAGAUCCAUCGUGGGUAUCUGCACUCGAUGUGGGCUUCUUCUUCUGAACCUCUACUUCUCUGUUGUUCUGUCGUGAACCAACAGUUUCUGGCCACGAGAGCAACAUUUCUGGGCCCCACAAUAGAAAUUCCGAAAAACCGGUCUUAACUGAAUCGUUUCCGUGUCCCCUGUGAUCUCAUCUGGUGGGGACCUAAUUUCUAAUCGUGCAUUCCACUGCGCUUAUGAUUUGCUUAUUCGGUGUCGCACGUCCGCAUCAGACUCCAUGCGUGAUUUUCUCAACGAAAAUCGCUCGAGUGUAAUACUAAAACACCGCCACAAAUCCCCAAGUUAAAAACUCUACAACCACAUGCAUGUUUAAAUUAGAUGCCACCCCAAAUCACACAUCAAGACAAGAUCCGAAUCAGAAGAUCCUGAUCAUCCUCCAUAUACGGUCACGGAUAAGGAUAAAACCCAGUAUCAACCCCCGUGUAUUCGCAGUUCCACCACCAGAUGUUAUUUUUGCGAAUUAUCCACCUGUAAUUCCAUGUCAGCAAAAAAUUAAAUCCAUGGAAAACUCGUCACGACUAUAUAUAUACCCUGUUUGGUCCCUCUGAAUUCUCAGUCGCGAAUUGACGCAGUGAGGAGCACAACCAUGGCUUCUUGGGUGAGAAGAAAAUGCAUAGGCAGAGGCUCCUUCGGCACAGUUAGCGUCGCAGUCAACAAAUCAGACGCCACCGUUUUUGCUGUUAAGUCAGUUGAGAGAACCUCGUGUGCCACUACUAGUCCUCAACUUGAGUGUUUGGAGAACGAAAUCCGGAUUCUCCGUUCUCUGUCUUCACCGUAUGUCGUUGAGUAUCUCGGCGACGACGUUUCUUUGGAGCCCCACAACACGUCGUAUCGGAACCUUCACAUGGAAUACCUGCAAGGUGGUCCCGUUGCUGAUGUGGCAGGGCGCGUGGACGAGAGGAUCGUGAGGUCCUUCACCUUCUGCUUAGUCUCUGCUUUGAAGGAAGUGCAUUCGAAAGGCAUAGUACACUGCGAUGUGAAAGGGAACAAUGUGUUGGUGGGUGCCGGUUGGGGAUCUGCGAAGCUCGCAGAUUUCGGGUCGGCUACGCGGAUCGGAGAGCUCUCUGACGACAACAAGAAUGCUCCAAUGCUGCCACGUGGAAGCCCUUUGUGGAUGGCGCCGGAGGUAAUUCGAUGCGAAUAUCAGGGGCCAGAGAGCGACGUGUGGUCUCUGGGUUGUACGGUCAUAGAGAUGGUCACUGGAAAGCCCGCGUGGGAGGAUUGCGGAUUUGACACACUGACUCUUAUCGGUUUCUCCAGCGAGUUGCCCGAAUUCCCAAUUCAGUUAUCUGAACUGGGUCGCGACUUUCUGGAAAAGUGCCUAGUACGGGAACCAAGCCAGAGGUGGAGCUGUGAUCAGCUUUUGCAGCAUCCGUUCAUAAACUCUGCCUCACCGUCCAAAAAUUAUGUUCUUAACUCAUCUCCCCGGUGCGUACUGGACUGUAAUGACUCUGAAUUCGAAGUGGACGACGAUGUUGAAACUCCAUCAACGAGUUCAAAUUCCAUCGACGAUGAUCUAUUAAGGGGUAGGAUCUGCAAAUUAGCUGCAAGUAAAGGGGCAAUCGUGGAAUCCGACGGUGGAUGGAUUGUCGUGAGAGGCAACGAUGCCCGGGCGGUUGCGGUGGAAGAAGGGACAAGUACGGAAUACGCGGAUUCGUUAAGGAUGAGUGAAGAAAAUGGAGAUAGGACAGGUUGGGAAUUUUGGAAUUCUGGCGGCGGUGAACAGCGGCUGGAACAUGUGGCCUGGCCCACUCUUGGUGGGCUUGGUCGGUAUGGGUCCAAAAAGUGGGAGUUUGCGGUGGGACAGGGAGUCAUAUGUGUUCACACAUUAUGGAGCUUAAUAUUUUUGUACAAUUAUUUGAAACUAUUAAAAUACCAAGCAUAUUAUCAUUCAUUAAUUUUAUCAAUAUCCUUGCCUUUAAUAAUUUUAUUCCCGUUCUCAAUUUGUGCAUGUGAUAAUAUGGAAUUAGCCCACGAUAUCAGAAAUCCACAUUCAUGCAUGUCAACAAUAUUAUCUGUGUAA